UUUUUUUUUUUUUUUUUGUGUGGUUCUGUUAGCGAAGAAGCUUCGUGCUUGUUAGGCAGCCACGGAGGUUUGAUAAUGCCGACGGUGAUGGCUGUUUCCGGUCGAUUUUCGCCGGCGAUUCUCUCGAUUGGUUCUCGUUUACCUUCCUUCAAGUCCCCCGCUCGAAGAAGAGCCGCUGUUUUCGUUCCCGUAUCAGCUCGAGCAUCUUCUGCUUCCCUCUCCAUCGAGACGAACUCGAGCGCGGAUUCUGCUGUGGAGAAGAAAGAGAAGAAGGACAUUCUAGCUUGCCCUAUAUGCUAUAAUAACUCAUUAGCAUUGAUUAGUCAACCUAAUGGAUUAGUAGGAUCUGCUGCCUCUGGUACUAGUCAGUUACAAUGCAAUACAUGUAAAAGGAGUUACUCAGGUAACGAGACGCAUCUUGAUUUGGCUGUGGCUAGUGGAAGCAAUCAGUACACUGAACCAAUGCCUCUUUCAACUGAGUUAUUCAGGACUCCGUUAGUUUCAUUCCUUUACGAGAGAGGUUGGCGUCAGAAUUUCAUAUGGGGUGGCUUUCCAGGACCAGAGAAAGAGUUUGAAAUGGCUAAAGACUACCUGAAGCCAGUAUUGGGAGGCAACAUCAUUGACGCCAGUUGCGGAAGUGGGAUGUUCUCGAGACUAUUCGCUAAAAGCGAGCUGUUUUCCCGGGUGUUCGCCCUUGAUUACUCGGAGAAUAUGCUAAGACAGUGCUAUGAGUUCUUAAACCAAGAAGAAAACCUUACUAACAAAGAGAAAGUUGUUCUGGUCCGAGCAGACAUAGCUAGACUCCCUUUUCUCUCAGGUUCAGUCGACGCUGUCCAUGCUGGUGCCGCUUUGCAUUGCUGGCCUUCCCCAUCCUCAGCUGUUGCUGAGAUAAGCCGUGUUCUUAGACCUGGAGGAGUCUUUGUUGCCACCACGUUCAUCUAUGAUGGCCCUUUCAGUUUUAUCCCCUUCUUGAAGAAUCUUCGCCAGGAACUAAUGAGAUACUCAGGCUCUCACAUCUUUCUGAGUGAACGCGAGCUUGAAGAUCUCUGCAAAGCCGGUGGACUCGUUGGCUUCACUCGUGUUAGAAACGGUCUAUUUAUUAUGCUCUCCGCCACAAAACCGAGUAGAUAAACCUCACACAAUCUUUAUGUUGUUGAAAAAUUUGGUAUAUAAAUUUGGUUAUUAACAUUGUAAAAGAACAUAACAUUGUAAAUGUUCUUAUCUUAUCUGCUAGCUUUCUAAA